AAAAACAGGGGUUUCUUCUUGUAUCGCUGAUACGGUUCGAGAUAUGGCGACAUUGGCAUCCCGAACUCGCUUCCUAUCGUGAGAGUCAAAUAUUUGGCGAGAUCAGUUUUCACAUGGAUCUCCGUCGCUAGCGAUCGAGAAUCCACACCAGAGCUCAUAAUUGCUCCGCCGUGCUUACCACUGUUCAAGCCAAAGCCAGAACUAGACAAGUCGGCAGGACCGCCCGCCAUGCCAGAAUUAGGAAGAAGGCACUACGGAGCUGCCGAGGCUUCUCGUCUUCCGUUCGAACGAGCAUUACUUCGUUCAGUUGAAGAAAGGAGGAUUGGAUACUUAGGAAUUGGGUCCAUCCUAAUUCCCGGGGGGAAUCAAAGACCUAUCAUGCCUAAGCUACUUGAUAUUAUCCAUCCUGCCGCUGAGAUCCUCGUCGACAUUGCCAAGUCCCAGGAUUCCGAGGAUAUCGACAAGGUCAAAGGUUUAGCGACCAACAUAAAAGGGAAGAGUCUGGAAGAAAAGAAAUGCUUACUUUCUAAAUGCGCACAAACAACACUGAAUUCUAACCUCAUAGGUGGAGAGAAAGAGUUCUUUGCAACGAUGGUUGUGAAUGCUGUCAUUGCAAUUGGAACUGAUGACAGGCUAAAUAUUAUUGGAAUAAAGAAGGGUUUCCAGGAGGUGUUUGAAUGUGGAUUCUGCACCAAACUCACUAAUGCUGGGAUUGUUUAUAAGGUGGUCCACUAUUGCGAGGAGGCUGCCAAGAAGAAUGAACAAUGAGAUCAAGGUGCCAGCUUCUCAGUUUCUGCAGUCAUGUUCAGAGGUUAUAAUCGUUGUUUAUAGUUUGCUUCAAGAGCAUAGAUUUAAAUCGUUGGGGUUAUAAUCCUAUUUACAAAGUGAUCUGACUCUUCUAGUUGAUAUAGAAUGACAUUUAUGACCAGAAUGUUGAGCUUGUUAAUGUUAAAAAAAUCAGGCUUUACCAAUUAUAUUAGAAUGACCAAUUGUAUUAUAAUGUUCGGGUUGUUGAUGUAAAAAAUCAGUUUUUG